GGCGGGAAGAGCCGAAGCGCGGACUGGAGGCGGAAAUAUCCGAAGUGGUGGGGCGCCCGAGGCCGUUGCGGACCUCCGCGCCGAAGCCGCUGCUGCCGCGGAAGCCGGCCUCCUCCAGGACACGGCCGCCGCCACUGCGGUCGCCACCGCCUCCUUUCACCUCGAGCCGCAUCCUCUUCACGGAGGGAGCGAGGGAGCGGACAGGCGGUGCGGCCCAGGGAGCCCGCGUCCGCGGCCGCAGCGGGGCCUGAGCGACCGGAGCGGGCGAGGGGGCGGAGGGAGCGGCCGGUGGGGGCGGGGCGAGCGGGCCGAGGACAGCCGAGUCGGCCCGAGUGCCGCCGAGCGAGGCCGAGGCGCCGGGCCAGGCCGGAGCCGGACUACGGGAGCCGACGCGGGCCGCGCUGUGGGCGCGGAGCGGCGCGGCAGGCCGGACGGGCCGCGGCAGCAGCGGAGGAGGCCGCGUCGGCCGGUCCGAGUGGCGGAGGCGGCGCGGGCAGCGGCAGGGGGCCGGGCGGCCGGGGUCCCGGGCCCCGCGGCGGCGGCGGCGGCGGCAGCAGGAUGAUCAAGCUGUUCUCGCUGAAGCAGCAGAAGAAGGAGGAGGAGUCGGCGGGCGGCACCAAGGGCAGCAGCAAGAAAGCGUCGGCGGCGCAGCUGCGGAUCCAGAAGGACAUAAACGAGCUGAACUUGCCCAAGACGUGUGACAUCAGCUUCUCAGACCCAGACGACCUCCUCAACUUCAAGCUGGUUAUCUGCCCUGAUGAGGGCUUCUACAAGAGCGGGAAGUUCGUGUUCAGUUUUAAGGUGGGCCAGGGUUACCCGCACGACCCCCCCAAGGUGAAGUGUGAGACGAUGGUCUAUCAUCCCAACAUCGACCUCGAGGGCAACGUCUGCCUCAACAUCCUCAGAGAGGACUGGAAGCCAGUCCUUACGAUAAACUCCAUAAUUUAUGGCCUGCAGUAUCUCUUCUUGGAGCCCAACCCUGAAGACCCACUGAACAAGGAAGCCGCUGAGGUCCUGCAGAACAACCGACGACUGUUCGAGCAGAACGUGCAGCGCUCCAUGCGCGGCGGCUACAUCGGCUCCACCUACUUUGAGCGCUGCCUGAAAUAGGGUCGGCCCACACCCACCCCUGCCAGGGCCACAGCCCCGGCGUCCCCUACAAAUAUUUAUUGGGGGCCACAGGUGGAGGGAUGGGGCAGCAGGUGGGGCCAUUCCACGCCCUGGCCUUGCCUCCCCUUCCUGCCACCGGCUCCUAGUUAUUUUUUUUUAACCACCAUGUGAUUAAGGUCGGAGCUGCCUCCUCCCGACCCGCUCAGCGAUGGGAAAUGAAUUGGCUUGUCUAGCCCCCCGCUGGGUGCCGCACAGCCUCCCACUCUGGGCUCUGGGGUGGGUGGCCAAGGGGACUGGGUGGCUGGAGCCCCGCCACCCCAUUCCUCCGCCAGUGGAGGUCCCGCCAGGCUAUUAAAGGGGAAUGUUACUGCA